AUGAUAACAGAUGAACCAACAGUUGAAAUAACAAAAGAAGUCUUAUAAGGAUUAAAGAUUUAGAAAGUUUACAAAGACUUUGUAAUAAUGAAUAAUUAUUUAAAGCUCAGAGAGAUUAAUUCGAUAGAUUUUUCAUAGAAUGGAUAAUUUUUGGUUGCUUGUGAUGAUUAAGUUGUUAAUGUAUUUGACAUUGUAAACAUGAAGUAUAUUAUUUAAAAAUGAAUUUAGAAAGAUAAGAACAAUGUAUAAUAAUACAUAGGAGAUUGAUUUAGUAAAAUUUACAAAAGAUUAAACUCAUAUAAUUUGUGUUACUAAAAAUGAACCAUGUAAAUGAUUAAUUUUAUUUAAGAUGAGAUUUGGCAUUGGGCACUUGAAGAGAAUCAAAUUUUAAAGAAAUUUUCUGGACACACAAAAAUGUAUUUGAAGUAAUAUUAUUAGUAAGAAUUUAUUAAUUAGAAAUAUAUAAUCAAAUAAUUUUAAGUUGUAGUUGUGAUGAGACUUUACGAUUAUGGGAAUUAAAUUAACAAUAAGACACAUGUUAUGCAGUUUUAGACAUGAGUUCUAAACCAGAUAAUAAAGUUAUAGGAGCUUUUGAUAAUACUGGGAAUUCUUUUGGAAUGGCAUAUGUAGAUAAAGAAAAUGGUCAAUCUAUAAAUUGUGUUUAGUUAUAUUAACUUAGAAAGUUUGAAUUAGGACCCUAUUAAAUAAAAAAAAUAUCAGGAACUUCAAUAAUUUAGUUUAAGUUUAGUUCAGACAAUUAGUUUUUAUUAUGUGUUUGUUAGGAUGGUCAAAUUAUAAUUUUAGAUAGUUAUUUAUUAAAUACAGUAAUCAAAUAAAUUUAAAGUAGUUAUUUGAAAUUCCAGGAAAUGCAGAUAGAAUGAAUAUCAGUGUUUGUUUUACUCCAGAUUCUAAAUUUUUGAUCACUGGAAGUAAUAGUGGAACCUUAUAUAUGAUCUCAAUAUAGAAUGUGAAUAAAACAUAAACUUAAACAGGAUAAUUGAUUGCUAAAAUAGAGGGACAUCAAAGAAAAUGUAAAUUAGUACUAUUCAAUCCAAAAUAUUGUUGUUUAAUUAGUACUUGUAGAAAUCUUGUUGUUUGGACUCCAAAUCAAAUAUUGUGA